CAAACCCACACCAAACGACGCAACGUUUGAACCCAUUUUGACAAUCGAGUAUUGACAUUUCCUCAAAUCAAAAUCCCCACCAUCCUUCUCGUAGAUCCGAUCUCCUCCCGCCCACCCCCCUUUUCUCCCUCUCUCUCUCUCUCUCUCUCUCAUCGAGUCAUCGAUCUGCAAAUUCGUCGAAUUCGGGAUCAUGCCUCUGUAAUCGGAGCUCUAAUGGAAGGAGAUGAUACCCAUUGAGUCGCCAUUAGAGCACAAUGAGCUGUUAACCUUCCCUUCUCUCAGUCGCGAGCCUUCGUUUUCUGGCUGGUGCGAUAUCAAACAAACUCAUCAUCUGCAACGAGGCGAAGGCGAUAGCGACACUGAUAUCGAUAACGAAUUUGAGCUGCCAUUUGAUCAGCCAGGAAUUGGAAUAAUGGAGAAACCUGGUGAUUUGGAGAGAGAUGAUAGGCAUGGGAAUGGGAAUGAGAGUUAUGUUCCUUUUGAUGUUGAAGAUGAAGGGAAUGGGAUUGGGAAUCGGAGUAUUGAGGAUUUGGAUUCCAAGACUGAAGUCUCACCUGCUAAUGUGCUCAAGACUUUGUUCUUUAUCUGUGUUUGGUACACUUUUAGCUUGUUUUUGACACUGUAUAAUAAAUCUCUAUUAGGGGAUCACAUGGGGAAGUUCCCAGCUCCCUUGUUGAUGAACACAUUUCAUUUUGCUAUGCAAGCUGUCUUAUCUAGAGCUAUAACUUACAUUUGGUAUGAAAGAUUUCAUAAAGGUGUACGCAUGACAUGGAGGGAUUAUUUUUCUAAAGUUUUCCCUACAGCUCUUGCAACGGCAUUGGAUAUCAAUCUGAGCAAUGCAUCACUUGUUUUCAUCUCUGUUACAUUUGCCACCAUGUGUAAAUCCGCUUCUCCGAUAUUUCUUCUUGUCUUUGCUUUUGCUUUCAGGUUGGAGUCUCCAAGUGUUAAACUUUUUGGAAUCAUUCUAGUCAUCUCAUUUGGAAUUCUAUUGACGGUUGCAAAGGAAACAGAAUUUGAGUUUUGGGGAUUUAUCUUUGUUAUGCUUGCUGCUGUUAUGUCUGGAUUUCGCUGGUGUAUGACACAGAUUCUGCUCCAGAAAGAAUCCUAUGGUUUAAAGAAUCCACUUACCUUCAUGAGCUAUGUCACCCCUAUAAUGGCACUGGCAACUGGUUUAAUGUCACUUUUGUUGGACCCUUGGCAUGAGUUCCCACAGAACGAAUAUUUUAACAGCUCCUGGCAUAUCACAAGAAGUUGUUUGCUCAUGCUUUUUGGCGGUACCCUGGCUUUCUUUAUGGUACUGACAGAGUAUGUUCUGAUCUCAGUAACAAGUGCCAUGACUGUCACGGUAGCGGGUAUUGUUAAGGAGGCUGUUACCAUAAUUGUUGCUGUCUUUUACUUCCAUGAUGACUUUACUUGGUUGAAAGGGAUCGGUCUUCUGAUAAUCAUGAUUGGUGUCGGUUUAUUUAAUUGGUACAAAUAUCAGAAGCAUCAGAAAGGUGAAGUCCAUGAAAAUGCUGGGGAACAGUUAGGAGUGACUAAUAUUUCUGCAAAGUAUGUCAUUCUUGAAGAGGCCGAUGAUCAACAUGAUGGCAUUUGAGACAUUUUGAUUCUACGAGCUUUAAUGUAGCAUUGCUUGUGGUGGUGGAAUCUCAUUCAGGGAAGUUGUCUCUUUUAUCUCAUAAUAAGUUGCUGUAGGGAUAUUAAAAGAGAGGGAAAGGGACUCAUAUACUAGCUAUCUGCUAUCAUGCUCCAUCGAUCUGUUUGCCUAUUUGUUGUUUGGCGACUUGAUUUAUUGCACAUCUCCUUUUCUUUUUGAAAACUGAUUGUACCUUGAUUCAUAAAUUUCCUAAUACGUAUUAUAUUAGCUUGCAUGACAAAUCUCAUGACCAGUUCUGUGAGCUCACAGAAAGAGGCUUGACAUUUGGACAGUUGGAAUUUGUUCUUGUAAUCAUGUGUGAGUGGAGCUAUUAAACUUUUUUUUCCCCAACUAAUUUAUUUAAUUUAUAUUUUUGUAUAUUAGGGAGGAUCAACUAACAUUUUAACUCCUGUGAUUGUGAAGUUCAAUUACCUGAACCACCCAUAAUUGACAACCUUCUAUAAACUGAUACCUUGGCAUCAUAAAUGAAGAAACCUUUAUUCAGAGGCAUAGUUGUUAAGGUAUGUAGGGUCUGUACUUAGUUUUAUAUCCCCAUUCCUCUUAUCAUAUGAGUUAAAGGCCUAUCAAACAUCAGAAGAAAAGGGUAUGUCCUUGCCAGGUGAGGUUAAUUGAGAAUUAUCUGAGAACCCAAUUUUCAUGUUCAUGUCACCCACUGUGACACUAAAUUCCAUAUAAUCAUGCUUCUUCAUUCCCUUUCUUGGGACUCACCUUAGUGAUUGCUAAUGCAAGAUAUUGUGAUUGGUAAUGUGACAAUUAUAUUGUUUGCUUCAUGUUGGAACAUACUUUUACAAAAUCCUUUUUCCUUUUUACUACUCUGUAAUUCAUUGAGUGAUCAAUAUCAGGAUAGAAGUUUGGUAGGGAAAGUUGAAACAGAAAAUAAAAAGGGACAGAGCGAGGGAGCAAGUUUCUUAUUGGGUUAAUAUUAGUUUAAUCCGUGUCCUGUCAGAAGAUCCAUCCCUUAAUUAAUAGGUGUACCUUCUGAACUAUUGAUGUUUCUUUCUACACCAUAUUGCAGAACUUACACAAUUUGUGCCCAUGCCAUAUAUACCUUAUAUUUCUGCUCAUCAUGUGACCCCCCAAUUUAACUGUUCAACAAUAUAGAACAUAUUCUGUUGGUAAAUCCCAAUGGAUAAAUGCAAAAAGUCUCAGCAUCUGUAGCCGAAUGCGAGAAAAUUUAUUUUUUUGAAGGAGUUGCUUCCUUGCACAUGCAUUAAAAAUACUUCUUCCAGACUUCCAGUUAAAAUUUUGCAUCCAUCCUUGAGGAACUGCAUGAACAGCUUUUAAUUGAGUUGAAAAUUUUCCUUUCUUUCCAUUUCACCUAUUAUUUGUUUAUUUAUUUUGGUCCGAUUGAGCUGCAAGGACAUUACAAAUAACAAAGGGUAGAAGGAAUUCGAACCUGUGACUUGCACUGGCCAGUCGUCUUUGCCAUUAGGCCAAGACCACAUUGAUGUGCACCUAUGUUAGUCUCGGCUAUCAGUCUCUCCAAGACUUUUUUCAACAAAAAGUUUGCUUAUUUUGGCACCUCCUGGUCAAAAUCCUUGCUUUUUUGCCCAUUACAUGUAUGUUUGCUUGAUGGUCUGGAUCUGUAGGUUUUUGACUCAAUGCUUAGUGCACCUUCACAUCAUUGAAUGUGUAGAACUCAGUUUCUUUUUUACUUGAAAGUGAGUCAGGGAAACAAUAUUCUUUACACAAAUGGAACUACAACAAAUUGAAGUAGAGCUAUCAAACUUUGUUUUACCUCAAUAUUCAUUUUUUUCUACAACAUUGAUAGAAUCAAAAGUAGGUGGAAAUUGAUGAAAGUUUGUUUAGAAGUUCUGGUUUGCAUUGCCUUUUUUUUUUUUUUCGUAAAUCUACUAAAGCUUGCCUUAUUUUACAGGACUCCCUCAAUGGGGACACAUUCAGCUUAAAAUUAACUUGUAAAAAGUGCAUCAAACCUCUUCUCCAGGCAACCUGUAUGUAUACAACGUAACUUGUCUUCAAACUUCUUGUUGGAUUGCUGCCAAAGCUACAGGUUUUGAUGGCAGACACAGUUCAGGUGCAUGGUCAUACCAUACAUGAACCUUCCCAGCUAAAAGCGGCUGCUUCUGCUCGUAUUAUACACGUACACUGCUUGCUGUAUCAUUUUUGUACCGUUAUACUAGAUUGUACAUGUAUUACAGAAGACAUUAAAUUUUACUGCUUUCUCCAAUUAGGCUGAAGGUGUUAUUAGCUUUAGCAAACUUCUGUACAUGUGUGUGGUUGCCAAUUUUGUUCAUUGCAAAACAUUGUAGUACUCAAUUUUGGAUUAAUUGUAAAUCAUUUUUUCAACACAUCACUGCGGAUUAUCAUCAA